CUGGAAACCGUGAACAAUGUUAAGCAUAUUCAAGCCCACAAGGCUCACUGGACUUUUGAAGCCAAUUUCCAGAAGUCUCAGCAUCAUACAGCCAAUAUGGACACAAAAGCUGAGGCUUUAUUCUACCGCUAACCCUGAGUUAUCGGAAAAGUUGAUCAAGCAGUUGCCAAAGAGAAACACUACCAAACAUGUAUUAUCCAGGAAGACGUUUUUAGUAGACUACUACAAAUACUUAAACGACACAAAUAACAUCAUAUUAUAUGUCCACCACAACAACUUAACCAAAAACGAAAACAAAAAGAUCAGAAGCGAUUUGACCAAAGUGGGUGCCAAAUUGAAUGUGAUCAGAAAUGGUAUCUACAAAGUGUAUCUCAGAUCUGAGCACGAAGAAGACCCAGCCGAUAAAGAAACCUCCAUCAGAAACAAAGAUUUGAUUCAUCCUUUAGACCCCUUAUUAAAUGGGCCUACAGCCAUCGUCACAAUUCCAUCCACGGAUCCUCCAACGGUUGCCCAGGUGUUAAAAAUCAUGAAAAGUGUACAAGAAAAGUUGAUUUUGGUGGGGGCCAAGGUGGAAAAGGACACCUUCGACAUCGACCAGGUAGAUAAAUUCAAAGACUUACCUACUAAGGAUCAAUUACAGGGUCAAUUAGCUGGGUUAUUAACUGUGUUAAGUGGAGCUGGGUUGGUACAAACCUUAUCCAGUACUCAAACUACCUUGUACUUGAGUUUGCAACAAAGUGUCAAGGAUAGGAGCAAUGGAGAUGAAUCGUAAGAGACGUCCUUCGAGUUUCUUCCUCUGUAAAUAGUCCAUACAUAGAGAAUUCGAUAUCAUUCGUAU